AUGGCAAGGACAACAAACAGUUUACAAAUGGUAGCUGCAACAAUGGUCGUCCUGUUAUGCUAUUUAGCUCCAAUUGUCAGUGGUCAACAACCAGGCAAUUGUGCACAGCAAGGUAGCGGCAAUCUGGGUUGUUUCGAUAUUACUGCACAAUCAGUUUGUACAACAGUUACAAAUGAAGCACCACUUGGUGAUCAACGUUGG